AUGGCGGCCCUUCCGAGGAUGUUUGGAGGGCGAGCGGUGUUGUUGGUCGUACUGUGUUUCCUGCUGACUCCGUUACUGGCUGAAUCAACAGGUUCUGCCGCUGAAGACGCUGCAGCUGCACGUCGGGAGCAGCUGUUUCAGAAGGUUCGGGCACAGGUGGAUAAAAUCCUGCAGAAAGCCAUCCGCCAGAAACGCAACGUUGUGCGGAUUCGGGUUGGUUUUAAGGUCUGCUCCACGAAAGAGGCCCAGCCGGAGAUACAGCGGCGUAUAACGGAAGCUGUUGACUCGGGCAACAUCGGCGGCUUUACCACCGAGCCGGGGUCGACCCGAUUCGGUAACCUGGAGUACUAUGCAGCCUAUCGCCUGACCAUGAGGUUUCAUGACGACCUGCGUAACGAAACAUCCCUGCGCUACACAGCUGUCAAGGAGGACAUCUUUGUGAAUGCCUCAUCCGAGUUGGCACUUGUGAGAGGACUGGCCAAGGUGGACUUAGACGAGUUCAGGCCAGGCUUCUUUUCCACCUUUGCCAUCCUGAAGAUCAGUGCACCGCACUAUGCCGCGACUCGCACCCGGGACAAGUACAACUCCUUUGUGUCGUCAGGCGUGAUUGGUCCUCGUCUGCUGGACCCAAACUACACCUACUUCAGCUCAGCACGACCACCAAGAUUCGAAGCUAUUGCUGACCUGGCUUUUAUCCUUGACAACUCGGAUGGUGUCACACAGUUCCAGUUUGAAAAGAUCCUAAACUUCACCAACAGUGUUGUUGACUAUCUGGAUGUCGGGUCUGGUGCGGUCAGGGUGACAGUGUUCACGGUGUCGUCACGAGUCUGGCAGCAUUUUGCUCUGGACUCGUUCUCCACUCCUGAGUCUGUUACUGAAGCAAUCGGCAACAUCCAAAACAUGGCACUUGUACAAACCAACAGCUCCAGACCCAUAGGACAGGCCCUGCGGGAUAUGAUGCGGUACGGGUUUGGUGAGAGGGACGGAUCGCGCCCUGACGUGCCCAAGGCUGCCGUCAUCGUGACCAAUGGUGACUCAGACGAUGACGUGUCUCGACCUGCCAUAGAAGCAAUCAUGGGCGGGGUGUCCAUCUAUGCUGUGGGUGUGUCCAGUCAGCUGGUCAGCAUGACUCGCUCCGCUAACCAGGCAUUCCACCUGGCCAACCUGACCUACCUAGACGACAGUCUUGCCAAGGUUCUGGCUGGAUCUAUCGCUGCAGCCACAUUUGAGGGUCCCACCUGGAACCAGAACAUAACCUGGGCAUCUGUGGCGUCCGGUUUUGGAGAUCCAAGCCUCACUUUGGAUGGUGACCUUUCAACUUACUGGUACCCAGAAGGCCCCACUACAGGAAACACCUCCAUUGUCUUCGAUCUUCAGACUGUGUACACGCUGUCUGCAUUCAGCCUUGUUGCUAUCGGAAACGGCACCAACGAUCCAAUCAGCUUCAACCUCCAGAUGUCAUCCUCAUCAUGGCCGUACAGCUGGCAGAAUGCUGGCAGCUUCACAGGGAUACAAGGCACAGACCGGCAGCAGAUUUUUGCUGGUUUCACUGCGACGUCCCGAUACUGGCGCUUGUACAUCACAGAGACUGGUGGUGGUGGCAAACCUGCCAUUGCUGAGAUCCAGUUCUUUGGACAAGAAGCUCUUACCACUCGGUACACCUCCCUGGAGCUGCCUCUCCCACCAGGGUAUUUCCCACAAGUCUUCAGCAGAGACUCUCCUCAGGCAGUCAGUGUGGCUCAGGAGGUGGAGAAUGGGGUGGCUGAUCUCAUUGUGAACAAUAGCCUGUUUGUGCAUGUGAUACAGGCUCUUUGGAUCAGGCCAGGAGUGAACUCCAUCAUUGUGCAGCUGAGAAUGAUCAUAGCCUACUCGGACAUGCCAGUAGUACGGAACACCCUCGCAGCAUCCAUCACUGAGGGGGACCUACCAGGGUCUGCUGUCUACCCAGAAUUCAGCGGCUUUAGUGUGGCAGCUCCUGUGUCCCCUGCCCCCGUGGACCUUGCCUUUGUCAUUGAUGGUUCCAGUACUAUGGGCUGGGACGGCUUCCAGCAAACUAAACACCUGAUCAGCAAGAUAGUCCAGGAGCUGAACAUUGGGACAGCAGGGUCAAGGGUCACUGUGGUGCAGUAUGGGAACCAGGGAUGGCAGGAGUUUGGAUUGGACUCAUAUAACAGCUCCAGAAGUCUACAACAGGCUGUCAGCAACAUUGAGUUCCUGGAUGGUGGCAGUAACCUUGCAGAUGGUCUGAAUGUGCUCUACAAGUUUGGCUUCAUCAGGAGGAAUGGAGGAAGGCCAGGCAUAAACAAGGGUGCAAUAGUGAUAACAGGGGAAGGUGCUGCAGCUGAUACCGCAGGUGCCACACGAGCUGCGGCCCAACUUCACCUGUCAGGACUGACCGUCAUGGCAAUAGGUGUCGGCCCUGGGGCAGCGGGACUCCCCAUGAAGAUAUCCUCAGACCCACAGUUCGCCUUCUAUGUGAGAUCUGCCAGCGAACUGUUUCUCUUCAGGAAUGGCUUGGCAGGGAUUCUAUGGGAAGCUGGACUCAUUGAGAAGCUGUAUGGAAGCUUCAAACUCCAACCAGGAAUCCCAUUCAACAACUUGACUGCCACAGCCUAUCUUCACCCAGAAAGUGCUGAGUAUGCCAGUGUGUUGGAAAAGGAAGCUGUGGUUCAUGCAAAACUACAGCCGCUUACUGGGAGGUUGGUUGUCAACACCAUCGGAUUUGGAGCCAAGCAGGGAGAGUUAAGAAUCAACUUUCGAGUAGACGUCUUAGUUUCUGUCAACAUCACAGCUAUCCAGUAUGCUCUAACUGAUUUAAGUGGCUUAGAACUGGUGGGAUUUCAGUACCCUCUUUGGCUGACCAAUACAAGUGGCUGGACAAUCUCUGCAUCUCACAACGUCAACGACACAGUCCUUACUGCGGACAAUGACCCAGCAACCACCUGGAGUCCUGGAGAUGAUGCCAUCAACGACACGUGGUACCUAACCUAUGACCUCCAACAUGUCCACACGUUAACGAAACUGGAACUUGCGUCAUCUGGUGUUGGAACAAAAGUCAGGCUUUUCAAGUUACAGGUUUCACGAGGAGUUGGCCCAGGAGGAGUCUGGCGCUGGAGGGAUGUGAAGACGUUUGUAGCCCGUCAGGGAGUGGAUGUACAGCAGUUCAGUGGCUUCAGGGAUAGGGGGCGCUACUGGCGCAUACAGAUCAUGAGCACGUAUGGCGGACUCUCCCCAGCCAUUGGGGAAGUGAACUUUUUUGGACAAACAGCUGUGGACACAAUGUACCUGACAGUAGAAACCCUCGACACAUUCAGGCCUUCCAUGAACAAUGUGGGUUCUGUAGAGUUUGUCAACUUCAAGCUGAUCCCAGAAUGGGCUGCAACCUUUCUGGCAGAAAACAUCACAGGAGUGUAUAGCAUGGUGGUCUAUGAUGUGCGCAACAGCUAUGGCAACACGGCCAUAGUGAUGCAGAUAUUGGCAGACACAACAGCCGUACCAGCUCUUCAGGCAUCUGUGGAGGAUUUCUACAGUUUCAACGACACUUUCAACAUACCAAUUUUCAACCCAGCUGUUUUCACAAUGCUGCCAGGAUACCAGUUCACUGCAGAUGUGCCUGUGUUCUCACGAACAAUGGAUGUGACACUACUGUUGGACGGGGCAACUGACACCACCCAGGCCAGCUUUGAUGCUUCCAAGACAUUAGUGAAGAAAGUGGCUGGUAGUCUGGACAUCCCCAAUGCUGCACGGCUCAGUGUCUAUCAGUUUGGCUCCACUGUGUGGCAAGAGCUGGGCUAUGGAUUCUUCAGGAACUAUCGUGAGGUAGGAGAAGCCAUGGACUUGCUCCAGAAGAGGAAUGGAGACAGAAACAUGGGAGCAGCCCUACAGAGUGUGUACCAGACUGCUUUUAAUGACCCUCGGCGGGCUGGAGUGCAGAAGGUCGCGAUGGUGGUAACAUCAGGAGCAUCUGAUGACAACACCCUUUAUGCAUUAAGUGCCCUGAGGAGCGCUGGUAUCUUUGUGUAUGGGCUGGGUGUUGGCUAUGACUUGGGGAAUGCUGGAAUUGGAAGUACUACCCACGUGACCUUCAGUCUAAGUGGAGAUUAUGGCCCCCGUCUCAGGGACUCAGGCUCUGUGUCUUACUCUGGAGUUGUUCAGUCCUUAGAUGCUGGGGUUGGACCACUUCUUAGAUCCAUCACUGGACUACAGACCUCCACACUCUCAGAUAUCCAGCCCUGGUAA